AUGCACAACUUCAACGGAGGUGGCAAAACACAAUUCGUCGUCGCCUGUUCUCUACACAUUGUCUGUCGUCUCGAAAAGAGUUCCCAUAUCCUCAUUGACUUCUCGGAAAUACUAAAUGUGAGUUUCCGCUCGAAGUCGACGGGUUUCUUUCUCCUAACAGCGCUCCAGGUGAAUGUCUUCUCACUCAGCCACACCUACCUUCAACUCGUCCAAAUCCUGCAAGUCCGGUUACCACACAUAGAUCAUACAGCCUACCUCUACCGCUUCGCAAAGCACCUUGAAUUCGGCUGCGAACAGACUGAGGUCUCUUACGACGCCCUCCGUAUCAUUCAACGUAUGUCCGGCAAUUGAAUGGUCCAAGGCUAUAGGCUAUCGGGUAUUUGUGGCGCCGCAUUGAGCCCCACAGCCCGCAUGAAGAAUUUCCGCCGUUCUGUUAGGGAGGUGGUUUACGUUGUUAAAGUAGCAGACUUGAGUAUUCAGAAGCGGCUGGAUGAAUUUCAGGAUACUAAGAGCGGAGACUUGAGUGUUGAAUGA